AUGUCCUACUACGAAAACGCUCAGUGGCCUACCCCGAGCCAGAAUCACUGGGAACACCCGCAGGGAACCUCGACUCCCACUCGUGCCGGUGCCAGUGGGCCGCAGCCUCAGGACGAUUUUGCUUUCUCUUACCAGUUUGAUGAGGUUGACCGUGCCUUCGAGAACCUUCAAAAGUCCGGCAAGGGCUACGCUAUGGGAGCCCGACGUAAGCCUACUCCGAAAGUCUCGCUGCGUAGUGGUGCCCCCAUAUAUCCUGAUGGUCGAGUUCCGCACGGAGGGGGUCCCUGUUCACACACGAUGAACAACUUCGAAGGGACCCAGGGCCACAACCUUCACAAUUUCUACGCUUCGCAGCGCCAUCAACCAUCUCGAGGCUCCAACGAGGCAGAGCAGGUCAUGCAGGCUAAGAGACGGAUGGCGGCUCAGCGGGAGCGCGAGUUGCGCAAUGUACACACUGAGCAGCAGUAUCAACGAAAUGCGCUGACGGACGUGCCCCAGCACAAUAACACCACUUCUGCCAACAACGCCAAACAUAUGUCGGAGGAGGAAACUCGCGAGCUCAUUGCUCGUCAGCGGAGUGCCUUGUACGGCGAGGGCCCUUUCGCCGACAAGACGAGCUAUGUUGACGAGUCUGGCAACAUUCGCCCCGGCGUCCCGGGCCAGAGCGGGCCAUCCAGCAUUCGUGGCCCUUCCCCCUUGGCUUUUGAAGCCAUCGGCCGUGUCCCUUCUGGAGCAGAUGCCGUUACUUCCGGCUCUGCCAGCGAGCACAACGCCGCUGCUACCGAUCCGAGUCCCAGGCCUCAGAGCACCAGCAGCCCCCAGAACUCUGGACUGACUAACAAGGCAUUUGACAAUGCGGUUGGCGUCCAAAGCCGCACAAGCACCUCUAGCCCUACUGGCGGGUCCCCGCCUCGCGACUACGCACCCGGCUCCAAGCCUGGCCAAGGCGGACCUACCGUGGCCCCCAUUGGAACUCGUCCUUCUGGCACGCCAUCGACAACCACGUCCGGCAAGCGGUCUACCACGCCGCUUGCCUCCUCUGCUGGCUGGGGCCGCGGCAAUGGAGUUUGGGGACAGUCGUCGGGCCUGGGAGCUCAAGCUAGUGUCUGGGGUUGA